UGGCUCAAGCCUCUCGGAGGCUCCGGGGCCCACGGCCCGCGGCCGAGGCACGGGGCGGCGCCCAGGCAUCGGGCGCCUCGAGAACAUCGAGGCGGAGGGUUUUUUUCGGGACGAGCAGCAGGUCGGGGGCCCGUGCCUCGAGAAGAUCGUGACGUCGGACGUCUGGGCGUGGCUGGAGCCCGUGCUGCGAGCACGCGAUGGCAGCCCAGGCUCUGCUGCAGGGCCUGGCGCGGCCGGACCCGGCGGCCUUCCGGGCGCCGAGGUCGCGGGACCCCACGCGGCACCUCUACAUCGCGAAGUGCGGCCGAGGGUGCGGAGACACGCCCGAGAGCGUGCUCGCGACGCUGUGCGAGCUGGUGCCGCAAGGGGAGGUCGAGGGCCUGUACGUCGGGCCUCAGGGCAUCUCCUACGCCACCUUCGCGACGCCCGCGUCCGCCAGCCUCGCGCGCGACGGCGUCGCGACGGCGACACGGUGGGUGGUGAAGUUCGCGGACUACGCGGAGGUGGCGCCCAGGCCAGUGCUGCCAACGAGCGUGGCCUCCACGGCAGACGUCGAGGUCCCAGGGCUCGAGCUGGUGGAGGGCUUUGUGUCCGAGGCGGAGGCGCAGAGGCUCCUGCAGGCGGUCUACGCGCGCCCCUGGAGCGACGCAAUCCGUCGCCGCGUGCAGCACUACGGCCACGCCUUCGACUACUCGCGGCUGGCAAUCGCCGACAGCUGCGAGGCCAAGCUUCCCGACUUCGCGCGGGACUUGGUCUCGCGGCUCGACUUCGAUGUGAACCAGCUUACAGUCAACGAGUACGAGCCCGGCGUGGGCAUCGCCGCCCACUGCGACGCCCACUCCGCCUUCGGCGCGGAGGUGGCAGCCCUGUCCCUGGGCUCCGGCAUCGUCAUGGAGUUCCGGCGCCCCGGCCCGGACGGCGAGGGCAAGGUCUCUGUGGGCCGGCACCACCGCCUGGCGCCGCCCGCCAAGCCAGAGGUGCUCAAGAGCGUGUGGCUGCCGCCCAACUCCCUGCUCGUCAUGCGCGGGGAGGCCCGCUAUGGCUGGCAGCACGGCAUCGCGUGGCGUAAGACGGACUGCCUCACCGAGGGCGUGGCGGUUCCCCGCGGCCGGCGCGUGUCGUUCACCCUCCGGGCCGCCCGCGGGCAUCCCUGCAGCUGCCAGUGGCCGCUGCUGUGCAACUCGCAGAACCCCGAGGCCCACGUGCUCCCCUCGCGGCUGAACGCCCCAGCGCACCCGCCCGUCGAGGCAGAUCCGGGCCGCGGGGAGAUUUGAGCGCGCGGCCGAAGAAGCAAGAGGUC